AUGCUCUCGUCACCUCUCAAGGCUGGCGUGUUCAGCCUUCUGUCGUUGGCCGGCCUCGUUGCCGGUCAACAAGAUGACCUCGGGAGCGUUCUUCAGUCCAAAUCAAAUCUGUCUACUUAUUACAACCUGAUCAAAAAAUACCCCGAAGUCAUUCUUAAGCUUCCCAGCUACGAUGGCAUCAUUGCGCCGUCCAACGCGGCUUUCGAGAACAUUCCCGGUACCCAACUAAACGGCAUCUGGAACGAAACGGACCCCUCCAUCGCCGUCCCCAUCCUGGAGUACCACAUCCUCCAAGGCACAGUCUCGACCAGCGCUCUCGAAUCGGGCCCGUCAGUCCUGCACUCCUCGCUACUCCAGAACCCGGCCUGGACCAACGUCACUGGCGGACAGAACGUCAUGGUGAACAAGCAGCCCGGCAACGUCACCGUCUUCACCUCGUCCGAGGGCAUCCGUACCACCCAGGUCGAAGGUGACAUCAAGUUUGCGGGCGGCCUCAUCCAGGUCGUCGACAACCUCAUGAUCCCCCCUGCCAGGCUCGAAAUCACGACCGACUCCUUUCAGCUCCCCGCCUUCCUGGGGGCGCUCUACACCGCCAGACUCCUCCCCUCGCUGUCGGAGAGGAAGAACGUGACCAUAUUCGCCCCGCGCAACGAGGCCUUCCAGCGCGUCGCCGGAUCCCUCCGAGACCUGGACGAAGACGCUGUCCGGAACAUCCUCAACUACCACGUCGUCACAGGCCGCAUUCUCGCCUCCUCGGACCUCAAGAACGGCACGAACCUGACCACUCUGUCCCGGCAGGACCUCAACGUCAUCCGCUCUGGCAACAAUCUCUUCCUCAACUCGGCACAGAUCGUCCAACCCGACAUCCUCCUCGCAAAUGGCAUCCUCCACAUCGUCGACAAUGUCCUGAACCCGAACGCGGCCUCGGCGACGCCGGACCCCACCGCCGUUAGCCAGCUGCCCGUCUUCCCCGAGAGCUCGGCGUCUGGGCUGCCGUUCACGUCGGCGAUUCCUUGCACCGUGAGCUGUCCUGUGACAACCACCGCGACUCCCACGGCGGCAUCGACGACGGCAUCGACGACGGCCAUCAGGACUGCCACGAGCCCCGGUGCCGCGGCGCGGACUGGCGUGGCUGCUGGGGCGGCUUUGCUUGCAGGGUUGGCAGCGCUGACUUGA